AUCCUUUCAAAAGUCGUUUCAGGUAUCGAUGUUGGGAUUAAUAACGUUCAAGAUCGGUAACUGAACGCCUUGAUAUUUAUUAACUUCAAUUUAUUAUUUAUUAAAUUUAUUAUAUUUUGCUUGAAAAAAUUAGCAGAACCAAUACGGGAUGACGUGUGCCAAUACAAAGUGACAGAAGGUUCAGUAUUACAAACAAGAUUCACAUCAUAGAAGGAAAAAUGCAGUUAAUCCAAAAUGGCUGCACCCAUGAGUGACAGUCAAACGAUCAUGAGCGCAGUGGUAUGGUCUUUCCAAUGUUAAUCAGUGGAAUCACCGAGAAGGCGUUUCUAUAAGCCCGGCCACAGAGACGACCAUUUUCCGUUAUUUACAUGAAUUAUAGAGUCAGUUGUUUAUUACCUACAACGAGAAGUGUUUCUGGGUAUCAAUGUGUGUGUAACAAAUUUUGCUCAAUAAUGUACUCUUGGAGAUUAUAAAUAAACAGCCUCCGAGAUAUUCUUGUUGUUACCAGCAUACCUGGUGGUUAAUUGUUUCGUGCUUACCAAAGCGCCGCCAGUUAUUGAUCUAGAAGAUAUCUAAGCUUCAGAGCAAUAAGAUGCCUGAAGAUGGACUAUCUGCGUCAGUUCGUUCAGACUGGAAACCACUGGGUACCGACGUUAAUUUUCGCAAAUUCGAGAUUUAUGAAAUGCAAUGGCACACACAAGUGCAUCUUCAGGAUUUCAUAGUUGCCGCUGCCCCAUUUGGUGGGGCCAUUGCACUAUUGCGAACAGACCGGAGAUGUCGACCUGGUGGCGAACAAAUUCAGGUGCACUCCGCUGCUGGUCAGUCAAUCAAAAAAAUCAGAUGGGAAGGUAAAAGCAUUUCUGCGCUUGGUUGGUCCUGCAGCGAGGAGUUGAUCGUUGUAGGAUCCGAUGGGUCAGUGCACGUCUUCCCGUUUGAUCCGCAUGUUAUACGCGUAAAGUACUCGUUCACACUAGGCAAAGAAGCUAAAGACGCCGGCGUCAUCGAUACAAGGGUGUUCAACACUCGACAUAAUCAGAGCACGGGAGUAGUGGUACUGACUGGGUCCUACAGAUUUAUUCUCGUCAAAUCCCUGCAUGAUCCUCGGACGAACGAAUUACCAGAUAUCGGUCUGUCAUCAAUGCCAUCUUGUUGGCAGGUCGUGUCUAUAGCUGACUCGUUAAAGGUUCUCGUUGCCAAAGACAACCUUAUCUAUGUCAUAAAUGCCAAUGAUAGGUCUAUCAGACAAUUUACGGGUUUAUUCGAUUCUAAGAUAACGGCUAUUACCGAAAUGGCUUUGUCUUUCAACCAUAAGCUGCUUGCGUUAUUCUCUGACACGGGCGCUAUUUGGAUAGGCACUUCCGAUCUGAUUAAGGGUAAUGAACAUAACACAAAGACUCGGUCCCGUCCUCGCCAGUUUGUAUGGUGCGGCAAAGACGGUGUGGUGGCAACGUGGGCGAAUUCGAUGGUGCUAGUCGGCUUCGAGCAGCAGGAUAUCCGUUAUACGCUAGAAGGUGAUGAUACAACUCACAUUGUCGCGGAACCCGAUGGAUGUCGAGUCAUCACCAACAUAAAGCACUACUUCUUGCAGAAGGUACCGAUCGAAGUUGAUGAUUUGUUUAACAUAGGCUCAUUUGCACCCGGUCGACUGUUACUCGAAGCGGCCGACCUAUAUCGGAAAGGAUCUCAUUUGGCUGACCAAUAUCUCACGUUAAUCAAAGAAGAUGACGGUCAGCUUGAACAAGCCGUCGAUCAAUGUAUUCGUGCAACGGGUCAUCAAUGGGAUGAGGAAAGUCAAAAGGCUCUUUUGAAAGCAGCUUCCUUUGGGAAAGUCUUCCAGCCUAUUGAAGGCAAAAAUCGUGAUCAAUACGUAAAUAUGUGCAAACAUGUACGUGUUCUCAAUGCUAUUCGCAGCCCUCAGAUCGGAAUGCCACUUUCAUUCAGACAAUUUGAGGCGCUUGGUGAAAGUGUGGUCAUCGAUCGUUUGAUCGUGCGUCAGCAUUGGCCAAUGGCGCAGGCGAUUUCCUCUUAUCUUAAACUCAACAUGGAAAACAAGAUAUUGGUACACUGGGCCUGCUAUAAGGUGGAACAGAAGCACCUCAAUACCAACGAAGUUGCUACGGCAAUCGGUACCCGUCUUUCAACCGUGAGAGCUAUGCAGUACUCGGAGAUAGCAAAUCGUGCCGCUGACGAAGGGCGUAAGGACCUGGCAGUUCGUCUUCUAGAUUUUGAACCACGAGCAGCUGAACAGGUCCCGUUACUCCUCAAGCUUAAUCAACCAGAAGACGCACUGUCUAAGGCAGUGGACAGCGGUGAUGCUGAUCUAGUCUACCAAGCUAUUUUUUAUAUGAAGGAACACGCGUCUGCUGGGUUUAAUCUGAAGUUACGCCAAUUUCCCGUCGCAAUGAACUUGUAUCAAAAGUUAUGUCGCGAGAACGACCGCGAAAAGUUAGAGGAUCUUAUCGAUCAGGAAGAUGAUCAUGCUGCUAUGGCUAAAAUCAAGAUUGAAGAUGCAAUGAAUGCGUCUCGCAAGGAACAAAAAAUUGCAGCCAUGCAAUUGGCUGCAGAACACCUUCGUCGCACGCCGGAUGAGUUUGGUGCACACCAAUUAGAGCUGCACAUAAAGCUACUCCGUAGCCAAAUGAAAUUUGAACAAAAAUUGCCAUCGUUGAAGCUCUUCGAUCUUCAUGUCAAUGAUACACUCAUGGAGCUACUCAAGGUUAGUGAACUGCGCGCGGCAGAAGAGAUCAAAAAGGAAUUUGCCGUUUCCGAUCGCCGUUGGAUGUGGCUUCGCGCAAAAGUUUUGGCCAAGCAAGGACAGUGGGAUGAACUCGAAAAGCUGUCAAAGCAGAAGCGAGUCCCGCUUAUCGGAUUUCAAGGAUUCGCUGAAUUGUGUUUAACUUACCAAAACAAGAUGGAAGCUCUGAAGUACAUCCUCAAGCUGAAGGAGGACCCGAAAGUAAACUAUGUACUCCGGUAUACCGAUGGGGAUAUCAAAAAAGCCGCAGCUCUCGCCCACGAACAGAAAGACGUGGAAUGCCUGCAACUACUUCGAGAGAAAGCUAUCGAGAAGGCGAAAACUGCUUACCUUGCUAACGAGAUUGAUGAAUAUAUUCUACGAUUAAAAAACAAGAAAUGAACUAGGCCUAGUUUUACGAAUGAAA